AUGUCAUCCUCAUUGGCAGCUCAACUAGCAGCCUCUGCUUCCCUCAAUACAUCUUUACUUCUCGAUCGAACUGGAAAAAGAAAGCAAACAGAGUCCUAUCUUUUCACAGGACGCGAUGCGGAUACUCAUGAUCUGGAUUCUCUGCAUGCAUUAGCUUCAAAUGCUUUCGUGCAACUCAACAGUCUUUCACCUGCGUUCUCUCGUGUCACAAAGUCUGGCACCGAUAAAACUACAGUCUACACGGACUUCGACCAAGCCUUGUUUUCGGAUGCUGCUCGCGACUUGGAUCGUACUAUGCAAACACGAGAGGCAAAUGCCUCGUUAGAUCGGACGCUCAGCACCUUUUUUAGACUGUUGGGCCCAUGGUUGAUGGAAGCUCCGGCUGGAAAAAUCAUAGAGUGGCUGGUUAGGCGGUUUAGAAUAAACGAAUUCAAUAUCGACGACACCCUUGCCUUGUUCCUACCCUAUUACGAGUCCGUCCACUUUGCGAAGAUGCUGUCAAUACUGCACAUCAAACCCAACUCACAGUUUUCUUUUCUGCUGCCGUUCAAGUCGUCUGGGAUACCUCUCAAUCGCACUGCCCUCGUAACUGCCAUGGUCGAUAAUGCAGACGUGGGACGUUUCGUCGCUGCUCUGUUGCCAAAUGCCAUGAAAGGCUUCGCGUCACAUCGCACCCUUCUGGCAUUCAACUCUGCAACAAUGCACGAUUUUCUGGCGCGGAUGCCUGUACUUGACGAAGGCUCGUUGGCUUUUGUGCUUCCUGCAUUCCUCACGCCUCUGCAAUCUGCGCGCGGUGAACCCAAUGCAAUCCUUGGGAGUUACAUCCUUCUAUCUACACUAUCACACAAAACUCCACUUACAUCUGCUGCUAUGUCCGCCAUCAUUGGCGCUAUGGCAAAUGCAGCAGCAUCAAAGAAUGCUCAAAACCAAAGUCGGCAGCUCACCGCACAUUUUGUUAAAUCAACGGUUGCGAUAUGCUCACCACAAGAAGAGGUGCCGGCUUUCAAUGCCGGCGUUGAAAUUACAUGUCUGAAGAUACCUGGUUUAGCUGAGGAGUUAUGUAAUGCCCUCAGAUAUACCGGUGUGGAGAAAUUCGUCCUCCCGUUAUUGGAGGUAUUGAAGACUCGCGUGGACGAACCUCCAGUGACCAACUUAUUUUCCACCAUUAUCAAUGCAUCGGCCGCCCCUAAUGUUAUCGUCCGACGAACGUCAGCCAUGCUUGUUCAACUGGCUAUUCACACCCCAGAGGAGAGCAUGUCUGCUGUGCGGGGACUCCUUUCUCUCGUCCAUCAGCGUCACUUUGAUGUACUCCGCACUGUCGCUGAGGAGGUUGUCCUGGACGAUGAUGAACAGGAGAGUAAAAAGAGAGUGGAACAGCUGCUGAUCUCAUUCUCUGUCUCCCAUCCUUGGGCCCAGAGCACGGACGUGAAUGAGGUGGUUGUCGCCUCUACUAGCUCGACGAAAGAAGUCCGCGUUCAUGCCGUGGGCAAGCUCUAUGGCAUCUUGCAAGAAGCAGAGGAUGGGAAGGAUAGGGUCCUCGAGCCUGCAGAUUUAACGUCGAUUCAUUCUGCCCUCCUUGCCCGUAUAUAUGAUACUCAAGCAGGUGUCCUACAAGCACUGUACGCCUCCCCUGCGCGGUUCCUUUCCAUUCUAUCUGCUCCCUCUAGUGAUCCCGAGUCGGAUUCACCGUUACGGAAUCCGAAGGCCCUACUGACCACAGUCAUCGAUCAAAUUACUCGAACUUCUCCUGGGCGUGCUGUCCUGCAUGAACAUCUUGCGUUCUUGGGCGGCCCUUUCGUGGCUGCUUAUCCUACGUUUGCCAAAGAAAUCCAAGAGAAAGCAUUCUUCCCCUAUCUGCUAGCUUCAAAGGCCAAGUUCCGCACUGCGCUGAGUGUUUGGGAGGCUCUGAAAGACUGUGAUACAGAGACGAGGGAUGAAGGAUGGCUUCGAGGGUGCAUGGACAUCUGGCAAGAGUUAGGCUUGAUGGGCAAGCGUGACAAGGGGAGCAAACAACAAAAAGCUCAAGGCAAAGACGAGGAAGACGCCGAGAAACUGUGUACUGCCAAUUUGAGAGUAGCGGCUAAGAUCGCAGAAAACAUCCUUGCCUCGGAUAGUCCUACGGCCCUGACGUCUGCACUUUCCAAACUGCAAGAUCCACUUUCACACGGACGUGCUCUUGGUUAUCUUGUAGUGCGCGCUCUGCUAUUGUGCACCGGCACAGAACAACAGAUCGCAAUUUCUGACAAGGUCUUGCGAGCGAUGCAUCUUAAUAAUCUCGAUGUUCUGGACGUUUCGUGCGACAAGAACGGAGGAUUGCAAAAAGCUCUUGACGAUCAGGAGGUUGGUAUGAAGGCUACAAUUAAGCCUGGUGGGAGAAUUACUCUUCAGGUCCUGCAAACAUCAAUCCUAGCUCUGCUUCCGGCUAUUAAACGUCCUGACACUAAUGGCUUGGAUUGGACAGCAGAUAUCGCACCUGACACUGAUAAAGUGGACGAUACAGGAAUGCGUUAUGUAUAUCUUUUACGCCGACUAUACACCCUUGCUGUUGCCUCUAGCAAUAUCUCAUCUACCCAUGUUUCUCACUCACUCCUGAAAGCACUAUUUCUCCGCCUUAAAGACGAUUCUCUAGCGUUCCUUCUAGGAAUUCUUAUUUCACGUUCUUCCGUAGAAACAGCAGAUCGUGUCCGCAUCCCUGCUCUCUUGCAUGUUCUUGCAUUCCUACGAGGACACAGUGCGACAAACGCUGUAGACUUCCAGGCAGUGAUUCCUUCACUCAUGUACGUCUUAUCGGAUUCACACAAGGAUAAGCGAGCAAAAGCGCUUGUUUUCGAGUGUUUGAAAGCUUUAGGAGGCGAAGAUGCGAAAAAACAUGUUUAUGGAUUUGACACUAUCUACGGCGCGCAGUCUGCCGAUUUGCAAUAUUUGGAUUACAAGGACCUGUCGAUCUAUCUUACUGCCCUAGCGCAACAGCAGGAUCAGGUCAUCCAGGACGCAAGUUAUCUCAAAGUAUUCCAUCAGCAGCAUUUUUCAAAUGCAAAUGCAAAAUACAAGCGCCGUGUGCUCUGCUUUCUCCUUUCGCACGUUAUCGCAUGUCCUUCUCCAGCUGCCAAAAUUGCCCUUCUGCGAUCUAUUGAGGAUGUCGCCGAUUCUUCCAAAUCACGCUUGUUGUUCCCGCACAUGAAGGAAUUGGCCGAGAAAUCUGACCUCCUUUCGGAAUCGUUUGGCUCGACUUUCAAUGAUUAUGUCACCCUCCUUGUAGCUGCAUGCUUAACUGUAUCUGCAGCAGACUUGAACGACCAGAAAAGUGAUUCUGCGUGGCCUACAUUCAUCUCGUCACUGCGUUACCAUUUCCAGUCCAAUUCUCCAUCAAGCACGCGGCAGCUCUUCAGCGGCGCCCUCCAAAACGGCCUAUAUAAUUCUUUAUCGUUCGAACGGCAGACAGAAAUCUGCAAUGUUUUACUACAAGCAGGAAGCGAGGGUGGUGAAGCAUAUCUUCAUUCCAAGGCCCUCCUUGGGAUAAUUUUACAGGAUUCUCACAUGAUUUCUCACUUAUUAUCCCACCAUCAACCCAAUGUACUCGAAUCGGAUCCCCGCGCGACGAAGCGGGCAAAACUAGAUGACGUUGGCCACACAGAUGCUGCAGUAGGCAACAUCCCAUCCUUGACAUUAUUAGCAGAAGUUCUUGGCACAAAGGACCUUCCUGGCUCGCUCGAUCUAAUUUCUUCUGUGUUGGAAACCAUGAGUAAGGUUGCCCACCAGGAUUCUCAAGGAGCUUCCGAUACAAACUACAUUGUGCAAAUGUUGAUGUCGGCUGUUGAAAAUAUCGCAAACAAAAUCAAGGAGGUGCCUCCAAGGGCUAUUCGAUUGGACAUACUGCUAGAACUCAUCAGAGUCUCAGAUAAUCCUCAAACAUUCCAUCAAGCUCUUCUUUUGAUGGGUAGUCUAGCUCGUCUGACCCCAGAUUCCGUUUUACACAACGUCAUGCCGAUAUUCACGUUCAUGGGAUCUAACAUCUUCCAUCGAGAUGACUCGUAUAGCUUUAAAGUCGUGCAAAAGACCAUCGAGAGCAUAGUACCAGUUAUGGCUUCGUCUCUCAAGACCAAAUAUUCCGAUGGCCUCGAUCUGUACGUUGGGUCAAGAGAUUUCUUGCGGAUCUUCACAGAUGCCUGUGGGCACAUACCUCGUCACCGCCGUUCGAAUUUCUUUGUCCACCUUGUCGAAGUCCUUGGCGCACACGAAUUUUUGGCCCCAGUUUGUAUGCUACUCGUAGACAGGACGGCAAAUCGGGUCAGCCGGCAGCGACCUGAGGAGGCCCAGACCUCAAUGGCUCUUCCUAUCUCUGUCCUUCAUCAUUUCUCUAAGCCAGUACAACUCUACGUCUCGGUUGAAACUUUACAAGAAAGUCUGCGCCUUAUGUCGCAUGUCGUGGACAAAAUGGAUCCCUCGCCAGCCUUUUUAGAAUAUUACCGUGAUGAAGAGCAGCCCACACCGUCAUCAUCCAUUCUCAAGCGGCGAGCUCAAGCUCUUAUUACAUUUGUUGGCUGCGUCAUGCAACCAUCAUCUCCUACGGAAGAAGUUGAGACAGUCAAGGGUGCAUCGACUACAGCCUUGAUGGCUCUUUUCAUCAGAUUAGUCACCAUGGAAGACAGCAAGACGCCUGAAAGUAGCCUCGGUGACAUUUAUGCUACGACUCAACAGUCAAUGGUCAAGGCUUUGAAUAUCAUGGCGGUCGCUGAUUUCAUGGUUGCCGUGCUUACCCUGUUGCAAUCCGACGAGGAUAGAAUUCAGAUAGGUGCCCUGGAACUAUUGACAGAACGUCUCCCUCGGAUUCAAGACAAGGCCCGUCGCGAUAGCCUUGAAACUAUCACUUUGAUAAUCGAGAGGAUCAAGCACUUUAUUACCGUCCAAUCUGGGGGCGCACUGGUUGUCUCCGCACUGAACGCAUUGACAGCGUUAGGUAAAGACAUGUGUCCCGGAGAGGAGGCCGCGUUAGCUGCCACACUCCCCUCAAUCAUCAAGAUCAUGAGAGUUCGCACCGCAGCUGACACUACUCUAGCUGUGCUGCCAUCCCUCGUGCUUGGACUUGGACCUCGUAUCAUUCCUCAUUUCCGUGACAUUGUCCGGGAGUGUACGCUUAUCCUUCAGGAGGGUAUCAAAGGACAAUGGAAGCAAUCGACGACUGUAGACAAUGCCCUUAAUACCCUGCAGAGCCUACUUUCCUCACUCCCAGCUUUUUGGAGCAAAAGUGAACUCACUCCGAUAAUUGACAUACAUUUGUCAUGCUACACAUCGGCCGCUACAACUUGUCCUACGACGACAUUGAUCAAAGCAAUCGCAAAGCGCAUUCCUGCGAAAGCCUUGUUGCCAACGGUCCACGAUUCAUGGUGGAGUAUAGAUCAGUCUAAAAAGACGGAUGUCGACAGUAUUUCUGGAUUCUUUUUCAUCCUCAAACGUUCAUUGCACGCAGCUCCUCGAGCCGAAGUACUUGCGCAAUUGCGCCCAACAUUUAAAGUCUUCCUCGAUGCUCUAGACUUGAGAACUAUUUCUUCCACUGAAGUCAAGAAGGAAGAAACUCAAGUCAUUUCGGCUUUCUUGGAGCUGGUAGUCAAGCUUAACGACAGUGCCUUCAAACCGCUAUUCCGUCGCCUAUACGACUGGGCCUUUGCAAGUGACAUUGAUAGCAAAACACGAAAGGUCACGUUCUGUCGUGUUUACAUAGCACUGCUCGAAUAUUUCAAAGGUUUAAUGAAUCCUUACAUGUCGCUUUUGUUGCAACCCGUUUGCGAUAUGUUGAAAACAUCCUCCGACGCUUCUAUCCAAGACAGAGUGUUGUUGAGCUGUGUCCUCGAUAUGCUGAUCAAGAGUCUCGACAGUGAUGAUGGCGCGUUCUGGCGGGACGACAAGCUUCGUCAACUUGUCAAACCACUCGUAGACCAAGUGGCCACAUGCAUCAAAUCAGACGUGGCAGAAGAGAAAGAUCUUCUGGUCAAAGUUUUGAGCGCCGUCACCGGUUCCGUCACAGACGACGCACUGCUCAAAACCAUCAACCUUGACAUAUUGAUGCACACUCGAUCUGAAGACGUUCGGUUGCGCGUGUACGCGCUAUCAUGCGUCGGGACACUCUGGCAAGAACAUGGUGGCAAGCUUCUAGGUUUCGUGGCCGAAACGGCGACUUUCAUCGGUGAAUGUGCCGAAGAUGAAAACGACACGGUAGUCAAAGAAGCACACAAAUUGAAGAGUGCAGUGGAGAAUAUAGCAGGAAACAUAAAUGGUUUAUGA